AUGUCACUACCCCUGGUGCUGCAGGUCUAUGUGAUGGGGGUGAAAUUCAACCACCUGGGAGAAGCUUCUCUGACACUCUUACAGGUCAGGACUGUCUAUCUGUCCAGGACAUCCCCUCUUUUGGGACUGGAGCUGGAGACAGAUUUCCCAUCCAGGGUAACUAACCAUCAGGACUCCGAGGAGGCCACGGCCUCGGCGCCCCUCAGCAGCCCGGCUCUGCUGACGCCCCAGCUGCUGAGACCCUUUCUGGGGGUUGGAGGCCUGGGGUGGGGUGGAGGCGGAGCCCACUGCAGCCGGUCCUCCGCAGCUCUCAGCAGCCUGGAGACUGAGGCCACAGCCCAGGAAGCGGGACCUCAGCCGCGCGCACUCGCCGCAGGGUCUUUUGGCCCACCCGGCCGCCGUCCCCCCCGUUUGCGCCGCGGGGCACGCUGGGAUGUGCAGUCCUGGACGCCGCCGGCGCUUACCAGCCACGAGGACCAACGGCGGCUGAGGUGCUGUUGCGUGGGACGUGAAGUGCUGUUUGGGGGCCUUGACCGCCCCGUGCGCCGCUCUUCCGCCAAGGGCGCCAGAGCACGACAGCGACCACCCAGGCCCGGUUCUGCUGCCAGAGUUUUGUAUGCAUUUCAGCAGCAACAAAAUAUGAAUAAAUCUUGGGGGUUUGUAUCUUUUGAGGAUGUUGCUGUGGACUUCACCUGGGAGGAGUGGCAGAACCUCAGUGAUGUUCAGAGGACUUUGUACAGGGAUGUGAUGCUAGAGACCUACAGCAACCUGGUGUCAUUGGGGCACUGCAUUACCAAACCUGAGGUGAUCUUCAGGUUGGAGCAAGAAGCAGAGCCAUGGGUGAUAGAAGAACCCCCAAACCAGAGCCUACAAGAUGCCCAGAUGUUUGAAGGUCUAAUUACGAAAAGCCAAGAAAGUCAUGGUACAGAUCUGUGGCAAGUUGUAAUUGCCAACAGCAACACAUCAACUGAGAGAGUUGAGUCAGAAAAAACAUUUUAUUUGAGCUCAAACUGCAUUUCAAAUCUCAUUAUAAAUAGCAAAAACUAUUCAGGAUUGAGGUGUGAAGAGUGUAAUGUAUGUUGGAAUGCACUUCCUCCUAGAGAGCUUGAUUGGAUGCAUGCUGGAGUGAAAUCUGAUGAUGACAGUAUAACUGAGAAAUUAUGCCAACAUUGUGAGCAUAUUAAUCAGCAUUUCAAGAUUCAAGCUGAACAGCAGCCUUUUGAGUAUAGUGGACAAGGGAGCACCUUCAGCAAAGAGCCAAUAUUAUUGGCAAAUAAGAAGAUUCAUAUGGGAGAAACCUCCUGUAAAUUUGAUUAUGGGAUAGAAUUUCAUACAUCAUCUGUUCUUGCUCAAGAGAUAUGUCCAGUAUUAGAGAAAACUUUUCAGUGUGAUGUAUGUUGGAACACAAUCUAUAAAAAGUCUAAACUCACUGAACAUCAGAAAAUACACACAGCAGAGAAACCCUAUAAAUGUAGUGAAUGUGAUAAAUUGUUCAUGAAGAAAUUACCCCUUACAAUCCCUGAGAGGACACAUAAGGGGGAGAAGAUAUACGUGUGUAAUGAGUGUGGGAAAACCUUUCACAGGAAGUCAAAACUCAGCAGGCAUCAGAGAACUCACACAGGUGAGAAACCAUAUGAAUGUACAGAAUGUAGAAAAUCUUUCUACCGCAAAUCAUGCCUCAAUGUACAUGAAAGAACUCACACAGGUGAGAAACCAUAUGAAUGUAGUGAAUGUGGGAAGACCUUUCAAAAGAAGUCAAACCUUAGCAGGCAUCAGAGAACUCACACAGGUAAGAAACCAUAUGAAUGUAAAGAAUGUAAAAAAUCUUUCUACCGUAAAUCAUGCCUCAAUGUACAUGAAAGAACUCACACAGGUGAGAAACCAUAUGAAUGCAGUGAAUGUGGAAAAACUUUUCAUGAUAAGUCACACCUCAGCAGGCAUCAGAGAAUUCAUAUAGGUAAGAAACCAUAUGAAUGUAAAGAAUGUAGAAAAUGUUUCUACAGUAAAUCACAGCUUAACAUACAUCAAAGAAUUCACACAGGUGAGAAACCAUAUAGUUGUAAAGAAUGUAGAAAAUCUUUCUACCAUAACUCCGACCUCAAUAAACAUAAGAAAGUUCACACAGGGGAAAGGCCCUAUGAAUGUAGUGAAUGUGGUAAAACCUUUCAUUGGCAGUCAAACCUUAGCAAGCAUCAGAAAAUUCACACAGGUAUGAAACCAUAUGAAUGUAAAGAAUGUAGAAAAUCUUUCUACAGUAAAUCAGACCUCAGUGUACAUCAGAGAACUCACACAGGUGAGAAACCAUAUGAAUGUGAAGAAUGUAGAAAAUCUUUCUACCAUAACUCAGAUCUCAAUAAACAUAAGAAAAUUCACACAGAGGAAAGGCCCUAUGAAUGUAAUGAGUGUGGAAAAACUUUUAAACAUAUGUCAAGCCUCAGCAAGCAUCAGAGAAUUCACACAGGGGAGAAGCCCUAUGCAUGUACUGAAUGUGGAAAAGCCUUUCACAAGAAGUCAAACCUCAGCAAGCAUCAGAGAAUUCACACACGUGGGAAACCAUAUGAAUGUAAAAAUGUUAGAAAACUUUCUACAGUAAAUCAGACCUCAGUGUACAUUAAAGAACUCACAGAGGUGUGAAACCAUGUGAAUGGAAUACAUACAGAAAAUCUUUCUAAAAUAAAUCACACCUCAGUGUACAUUAUACAGUUCACACAGGUGAGAAACGAUGUGAAUGUAAAGGAUAUAGAAAAAUCUGCCAAAAAUUUAUGCCUCUGUAAACAUAAGCAAAUUCACACAGGGACCCUAUGAGUAUGAGUGUGGAAAAAUCUUCAAACAUAAGUGAAACCUCAGCACAUAUCAGAGAAUUCACACAGGUGAGAAUCCACAUGACGUAAAGAACGUAGGAAAUCUACCAGAAAUCAGAUUUUACUAGGCAUGAGUGCAUUCAUAUUGGUAAAGCCUCAUGAAUGUAACACAUUGGAAAAACUUUUCAACAGAAGUCAUACUUCAGGAUGCAUUAGAGAACUCACAUAAAAGAGAAAACCUAUGAAUACAUAGCUCUCUGUUGGUAUCCAAAGUUGAUUCAUUUCACCACUUGCCAUGGCUACUGAAAUCUGUGGCUGCUCAAGUCUUUUAAAUAAAAUGUACCAUUUGUGUAACAUUCUGCUAUAUAACAUCAUGUUUAGGCUACUUAUGAUACUGAAUACAAUGCAAAAACUACAUUAGGGUUUUUUCUAUAGUUUUUAUUGUCCUGUUUUUUCCAAAUAAUUUUGAUCUAUGGUUUGUUGAAUCCACUGACGUGGAUCUCUUGUUUAUGGAAGGCUAACUGUAAUAAACAUGGAAACAUCUUUUGUCAGAAGUCACACCUAAGCAGACAGCAGAGAAUUCACAUAAGGACAAAAAUCUGCGUAUCAGAAACUGGCUAUUUUCCAAAAAACACUGUCUCGCACAGACAGCACACAUACUGAGCUUCUUGUUACUGUGUGCAUGACCAUGUAACCAAGCUCUAUUCAGGAGAAUAUGGAAACAAGUGAUGGAGCUUCUUGUUACUGUGUGCAUGACCAUGUAACCAAGCUCUAUUCAGGAGAAUAUGGAAACAAGUGAUGAACAUUACUUUCUGACCUGGCAACAACACAACAACAAAAACAGUCCAUGCACUUUUUCCUGAUUUGUCCUCUAGGGCUGAAGUGCAGAUGACUUCCAGGGUGAACUUGGGAGCCAUAGGUUGGAGAAAGGCCACCAUGACUUAAGACAGAAGGAAUUGAUAACAGCAGAGAUGAUCUUCUCACUUUUAUUCUGAAACUCUCAUUUGUAUUUUAUGUGAGUGAUACUUAAAUUGUUCAGCCAUUGUAUGUGUGAUGUUUCCAUUACAAAACAUCCAGCCCACUGUAGCUAAUUAACUUUGUAUAAAGUUUAUGAGAAAAGUUACCUAUUCUUGUAUAUGAGGUUGAUGCAGGAGAGAAACCCAUCUGGUCACCUUUUAUCCCAAACUUCAUUUACAGAAAAAUCAAAUCAUGGGGAGAAACAAUGCAACACAUUGGGAACACCUUAUGGGGGACCAUCUUAUUGAAUGCUGAGAAUAAAGUAAAUUUUCAUAAAUAUCUUUAAUAUGUCAACACUUUAAACAAAAUUUCAAGUUUCUUGUGUAGCACAGAAUUUGAAAUGAAGCUAAAACUAUCAACUUAUGUAGUAUGUAUGCAAAUUUUCAGUUGGAAAAGUAAAUAUAGUAUCAAAACUAUUUAAAAAAAUAUUUGACUGUAUGCUAAUAGUUAAGCAUAAGUGGUUAUAUUGCCUGCCAGAGGACAUCUGCCUAUGUCUGGAGACGUUUUUGGUUGUCAUGACUGGAGUUGCUACUCCAUCUAGUGGGCAGGUGCCAGGGAUGCUUCAGCACAGCCUGCAAUGCCCAAAACAGCCUUCUCACGUGUGUAGGUUUCAUGCAGAUAAGUGUUCUUUGUUAACAGGAAUUUUCUUUAGUGGAAUCUGGCAUAAAUAUAGGUACUGAAUAUGUACAGUUGGCAUAAUAAAUGUACUGACUUAAAUUUGGAUUUCUUACAUUAAAUCUAGCCUCUUUAUACCUUGUUAAAAGUCAUGGACCUUUUCUUGGUUGGACUGU